CUACACUUAUAAAGGCUUUAUAUAACAUACAUAAAGUAUUUAAGCAUUACAUAGAUGAUUCACAAGUCAUCUAUGAGCUUAUGUCAUACUCUAUAAAGGGUGAAAUAAUAAUAGGGUUCGUUACCAAACGUGACAUAACAUUUUGUCGCUAAAAUGCAACUGUACUUUAUAAAGGGUGACAUAAUGCAUGAUUACUAAGAUACAAUGCUGUAUGAAACUACUUAUAGAUAGUCUUAUAUUGUACUGUACAGUCAUGGCAAAAAGUUGUGAGAAUGACACAAAUAUUAAUUUUCACAAUGUCUGCUGCCUCAGUUUUGCAAUUAAUUGCAAAGUCCCUAUUUGCCAUGCAAAUGAACUGAAUCCCCCCCAAAACAUUUCCACUGCAUUUCAGCCCUGCCACAAAAGCACCAGCUGACAUCAUGUCAGUGAUUCUCUCAUUAACACAGGUGUGAGUGUUGACGAGGUCAAGGCUGGAGAUCACUCUGUCAUGCUGAUUGAGUUCGAAUAACAGACUGGAAGUUUCAAAAGGAGGGUGGUGCUUGGAAUCAUUGUUCUUCCUCUGACAACCAUGGUUACCUGCAAGAAAACACGUGCCGUCAUCAUUGCUUUGCACAAAAAGGGCUUCACAGGCAAGGAUAUUGCUGCCAGUAAGAUUGCACCUAAAUCAACUAUUUAUUGGAUCAUCAAGAACUUCAAGGAGAGCUGUUCAAUUGUUGUGAAGAAGGCUUCAGGGCACCCAAGAAUGUCCAGCAAGCGCCAGGACCGUCUCCUAAAGUUGAUUCAGCUGCGGGAUCGGGGCACCACCAGUACAGAGCUUGCUCAGGAAUGGCAGCAGGCAGGUGUGAGUGCAUCUGCACGCACAGUGAGGCGAAGACUUUUGGAGGAUGGCCUGGUGCCAAGAAGGGCAGCAAAGAAGCCACUUCUCUCCAGGAAAAACAUCAGGGACAGACUGAUAUUCUGCAAAAGGUACAGGGACUGCUGAGGACUGGGGUAAAGUCAUUUUCUCUGAUGAAUCCCCUUUCAGAUUGUUUGGGGCAUCCGGAAUAAAGCUUGCCCGGAGAAGACAAGGUGAACGCUACCAUCAGUCCUGUGUCAUGCCAACAGUAAAGCAUCCUGAGACCAUUCAUGUGUGGGGUUGCUUCUCAACCAAAGGAGUGGGCUUACUCACAAUUUUGCCUAAGAACACGGCCAUGAAUAAAGAAUGGUACCAACACAUCCUCCGAGAGCAACUUCUCCCAACCAUCCAGGAACAGUUUGGUGACGAACAAUGCCUUUUCCAGCAUGAUGGAGCACCUUGCCAAAAGGCAAAAGUGAUAACUAAGUGGCUUGGGGAACAAAAUAUCAAUAUUUUGUGUCCAUGGCCAGGAAACUCCCCAGACCUUAAUCCCAUUGAGAACUUGUGGUCAAUCCUCAAGAGGUGGGUGGACAAACAAAACCCACAAAUUCUGACAAACUCCAAGCAUUGAUUAUGCAAGAAUGGGCUGCCAUCAGUCAGGAUGUGGCCCAGAAGUUAAUCGACAGCAUGCCAGGGCGGAUUGCAAAGGUCUUGAAAAAGAAGGGUCAACACUGCAAAUAUUGACUCUUUGCAUCAACUUCAUGUGUCAGGGUUUACUGGGAGUGGUGGGUAGGAGCCAGGUGCAGCAAGCAGAGGGUUCGGUGAAAUGUAAUUAUUUAUUCUCCAGCACAAACGGUCACGCCAAAUACAGGGCACAUUACACAACCAACAGAGUAAGCAAAUAAUCCCGGCACAAACCUAAGCGGGCCUAACAGGUUUAAGUAGACAAAAAUCAAGAAACACAAAAAGGAACAGGUGCAACUAAUAAGACUAAACCAACAGAAAAGGAAAAAGGGAUCGGUGGCGGCUAGCAGACCGGCGACGACGACCGCCGAGCACCGACCGAACAGGCAGGGGAGUCGUGACAUCAUGUUUUCUGAGUGAGAUCUGUCUGAGCAGUCCAGAGUCUAAAUCAGACAUUAGACUGUAUGGAGCCUGAGGGAGACCCUGGAGUCAUGAGUAGGAGAGCCAAGCGGGAGAGAAUGGAGUCUCCUGCUCCCAGCUGUCUCUCUAUGAAUAGUGCCAGGUCAAUGGAGCAACCAUAUGGUUUUAAAAGAGAACCCUUGACCCCUGAUUUGAGUGCCAGUCUGCUGACUGAGGAUCAGUUCAGAUGUUCUGUGUGUUCAGAGGUGCUGAGGGACCCGGUCUCCAUUCCCUGUGGACACAGUUACUGCAGGCAGUGCAUCAGCACAUACUGGGUCCAGCCCGGCCCUGCAGGAGACUAUGUGUGUCUCCAGUGCAGUAAGAGAUCCAGAGACCGGCCAGUGCUCUGCACUAACACAGCCUUGGCCAGGUUGCUCCAGCAGGCAGGCUUCAGUCCUGCCCUCCCUGCUCUGGGCUAUGCUGGGCCUGGGGACGUGGCCUGUGAUAUCUGCUCUGGACAGAAGCUCAGAGCGGUGAAGUCCUGUCUGACCUGCACUGUCUCCUACUGUGAGAGCCACGUCAGGCAGCAUUACACUGUCCCAGCACUGCAGAGACACACCCUGGCUGAUGUCACUGGAGACGGGGGACACAAAGGUCACCAAGGCAACACUGGACAGACAGAGAGGAUCAAAGAGACUAUGGACACUGAGGAGGAGGAGAGGGAAGGUGUCUCUAAAAAGAUGACAGAAGUUAAAGAGGAGGAAGAAGAUUCUGAUGAGGGACUUUCUGAUCUGAAGAAGAACCCUAAAACUAAAACUCUUGUCUCUGAAGUGAAGAACAUCUAUACGUUCUACUCACACUUGCAGCAGGAGAACUCUAAUCUUAAACAUGUUGUUCGUGAACUCAGUAAAAAGAAUGCUGUGUUAAAACAAGAGGCAACAUUUGAGAAAGAACUGGUGGACAUCAGAACUGCUGCUCUGAAUAAGAUCACAGCUCAUCUCAUCUCAGACCCACAGCAACAGAGAGAGGCUGAGUAUGUGAGAAGAAACCUGAAGAAUAUGAUCAUGGACUAUGUGGAUGUGACUCUUGAUCCUGAUACAGCACAUCCCAAACUCAUCCUGUCUGAAGACAGGAAACAAGUUAGAUGUGGAGAUGUAUGGCAGGAUCUCCCUGACAACCCAGAGAGGUUUGAUAUCUCUGUCUGUGUCGUGGGAAAGGAGAGUUUCUCCUCAGGGAGAUUCUACUAUGAGGUGCAGGUGAAGGGGAAGACUGGCUGGUGUUUAGGAGUGGCCACGAAGUCCAUCAACCUGAAGGGGACGAUUUACCUGAAUCCUGAGGAUGGAUACUGGACUGUGAUGCUGAGGAAUGGACAGUACUGGGCUGGCGCUGUCCCCACUGUCCCCAUCUUCCUUAGAGAGGAGGUCCAGAAGGUGGGGGUGUUUGUGGAUUAUGAGGAAGGUCGGGUCUCCUUCUAUAAUGUAGAGGCCAGGUCUCAUAUCCACUCUUUUACUGGCUGUACCUUCACUGAGAAACUCUAUCCAUUCUUCAGCCCUGGUAAUAAUUACACAGGUCAAAACACAACCCCACUGGUCAUCACUCCUGUAGAUGUCACUGUCUGACUGGUUUAUACCAAACAUUGAAAUACUGUUAACAUAACUGAUAAUGUAAUAGUGACCAAAUAAUGUAAUAAUUCAUUGUAAUGUAAUACAUAUUAUAUAAAUCAGCAGAUAAUGUAUUCACUUUUUACAUUUAUAAUACAAUAACUUUUCCUGAUAAUGUAAUCAUUCAAUUACAGUUAUUAAUGCAGAUGUAAUGGUUUUCUUCAUCUGAACGAGAGGUGGACCAAAGCGCAGCUCGGUUGUUUUGAUUCAUGCUUUAAUAAAUCACUUCACAUGAACAAACUAACAAAAACAAGAAAUGUGAAAACUCAAAACAGUCCUAUCUGGUGCAAAGAGAGAGACAGGAACAAUCACCCACAAACACACAGUGAAACCCAGGCUACCUAAGUAUGAUUCUCAAUCAGAGACAACCAAUGACACCUGCCUCUGAUUGAGAACCAUACUAGGCCGAAACAUAGAAAUUCCCAAAACCUAGAAAAACAAACAUAGACUGCCCACCCAACUCACGCCCUGACCAUACUAACUAAAUACAAAACACAGGAAAUAAAGGUCAGAACGUGACAGCAGAACUAAGUUAUUUUGUGGAUAAGGUUAAAUAAAUGAAGUGUUAACAUAGUAAAUCCCAGUUUGCCAGUGCUGGUAAUCUUCCUCAUAAUGUCAUCCAAUAAGACCAACUUGUCCAUCUAUCUCUGUGGACCAUAUCCUCUUAGUGGACGAGAUCCACACUCUUCUUCCUGAUAUAACAGGACAUUGGGAAGAAUGAAAACAACAGUUCAAUAAAUACAACAGGAAGCCCAGGUCUGUAUGAACUGUCAUAUGUUCAGUAAACCCCUGAAGUUACAUUAUUACAUGACUUACUACAAUCAUUCAAUACUGUCCUGCAUGAUUAUGUUUCUUACUAUAUCUUAGUUGAAUACUUUUUUGGGCUGUUGAACUAGAAGGAGAGCUUGUAAGGAAUCAUUUCAUUGCACUGUGUACACUACGCUGUAUACUGUGCAUAUGACAGUAAACGUUGAUUUGAAUGGAGCAGUCAGUUCAGCAUCAGUAACGUACAGGUAACUGCCUAAAUGAAAGAAUCACCAACAUAAAGUGAUUUAGUAGGGCCUUGUGCCACCACGAGCCAGAACAGCUUCAAUGCAUCUUGGCAUAGAUUCUACAAGUGUCUGAAACUCUACUGGAGGGAUGCGACAUCAUUCUUCCACAAGAAAUUCCAUCAUUUUAUGUUUUAUUGAUGGUGAUGAAAAACGCUGUCUCAGGUGCUGCUCCAGAAUCUCUCAUUAGUGUUCAAUUGUGUUGAGAUCUGGUGACUGAGACGGCCAUGGUAUCUGGUUUACAUCGUUUUCAUGCUCAUCAAACCAUUCAGUGAUCAAACCAUUCAGUGACCAAACCAUUCAGUGACCAAACCGUUCAGUGACCAAACCAUUCAGUGACCAAACCAUUCAGUGACCAAACCAUUCAGUGAUCAAACCAUUCAGUGAUCAAACCAUUCAGUGACCACUCGUGCUCUGUGGAUGGGGGCAUUGUCAUCCUAUGGGUCAUAGCCAUGGUAGCCAAAAUAAUGUCCCGUCCAGCAUUUUUAUACAUGACCCUAAGCAUGAUGGGCUGUUAAUUGCUUAAUUAACUCAGGAACCUCAUCUGUGUGAACGUACAUUACCUGCUUUCAAUAUUCUUUGUAUCCCACAUUUACUCAGGUGUUUCCAUUAUUUUGGCAGUUACCUGCAGUGCUUGACUUGUGCAGGAGUUCACCUGAGCUGAGUACCGGCACCUCAAAUGCUCUACUUGAGCUCCUGUACCUCUUAUAGAAUAUUAGCUCCAAAGUAUUGUGGAGUUCCUGCACCUAAAUAUAAACAGUACCGGCACCAAAAAUUAGUACCGGCACCUAUUUCAGUCCAAGUCAAGGUUUUCUAUGUCAAUGUACAGCCACAAGGUGGUGUUGUUUCCCUACAGUCCAUUAAGUGCAUAAUGUGCUUAAUGCUUACCGGAGCAACGUUGUAGUAAUGUUGUUAUGUAGCUUUGAGAAUGCAGAUGAGGAUAACAUUUCACAUCCUCAAGUCAGCCUUCAAUUAAAACCCUUAUUGGAAGAGUGUUUUUCAAGCAAGAUUUAAGAGAUUGCCAUUUGGUUUCUGCACACACACACACCUAGAACCAGUUGGGUUCAUGCUGGACUUUGCAGGCUGGGCUGUUAGCAUCAUUGAUUAGCCACCUAGAGUUUUCUUAUCUUAGAAUCAUCACAGCGCAUCGAUCUCCAGCCUCCAGAGAGAGAUCAGACUUCACUCAGAUAGACACUGUUAAUGUGACUGAGGAACUACUGAGUAGAGGUGGAUGGAAGCUGAGGGGAGGGUUACCUACUCAACCACCACAUUCAUAGUGUGCUGUCUAAAGGAGGAUGUAUUAUAUUGGAGAGAGAGGUCUGGUUUUGAUGUUGAUAUUUACACUUGUAAACUGAAUAUGCCUUUCCUAAUAAAGUUGUUUUGAAUUUAA